AUGUGUAAAUAUAUUGACCCAGCAGCUUUGCAAGAGGUGAAUGUCAGUCCAACAAGUAAUCACACCCGUUCAUAUACCCUUUUUGGGUCCUCGGAGUGGCUUCAAUCGGGCAGGGGAUGGAGCCUCGUUCAGGCGCCAUUUUUAGCUGCAAUGGCCGUCCUUUCGGUCGGAAAACGAACUGGAAGCACCACCAAGGCCCGUUGGACGCCGGGCGACCCCUCACGGGAUGGGAUCAAGACCGGACACGGGGUGCUGGGGGGGAAAGGGGGCAUCGGGGCGGUCGACGGCAGGCAUUGGUCAGCGAUAUUUUCACUCUGGUGGGAACAUUGGCUCUGUUGGCUGACGGGUGAGGUCAUGCAGGGAUGGCUGGCCCACUGGAUUGAGGCAGUAUCCGAGGCUCUGGUCCGUGUCGGCGUCGAGAGACGACCGAGUUCCCACAACAUUCGCGCCUCUUUGGUGCCGCUUGUAUGCGUGUCGUGUGAACUCGAGGCCAGACUCGGAGGAGAGACCACUCAGCUCGAGCAGAAAGCCCGAUUAAAACAAAACAGGCAAAGCAGGCACUAG